AUGACCCGCCGGAGAUGGAACGCACUUGCACCUUUGGACCCGGUGUUAUCCCCACCAACGGCUCAAGACUUUAACAUCUACGAGUUUGGCGGCAGUAUUCUGGCGUAUUGUACUACUUAUCCCGGCGAAUCUGAUUGCGUGAAAUUCAUCUCACUGGAUCAUCCAAAGAAGACGGUAGUUGAGCCCGUUAUACUUUCGUUCAAGUGCUUCGAACUCUCCUGCGAUCCUGGCCAGCACUUGCUCGUCGUUGUCGAGGACGCUGCGACAGACUAUCCAGUACACUUGAUGAGCAUGCAGACUGGCGAGUACCACCAUCGUGCCGCCACUCGGAUCUUCCACAAUCUGAAUGUCGCAGGGUAUACAUCACCUGACAUUGCGACAUGCAUAUCCGGGGAUAUCAUAUCUUUUGUUUACUCGCUUACCGAGGCUAGAGCCGAAAUAGGUGUCGCUGUCGUCAACUGGGCCACUGGGGCAAUUCUCUUGAGUUGCACAUUCAUCGGCGCACUCCAUACGACAUUGCUCUCGUCGCGCUUCCUCAUAGUCGCAUUUUGCACCACUACCGUCGCACCCGACGACGCACACCUCAAACUUUUCGACCUCGAAACAUCAAGUCCACGAGAUACAUCUCUCGUCCUUCGUCUCCCAGCCUUUACGCAACAUUCGACCCGUCGCUACUCUGCAUCCUACUUUCUCCACGGCUCGAACAACGCCAUAUUAUCCCAACGCACUGAUGGAACGAUGAGGACGGGUGAACGUGACAUUGUAACGCUCUUUAUUAAGGCCACCACCGUCGACUCGGAUGCCGUCGUUCGCAAAAUGCUCGUGUUCAUCUCACGCGCUCGUUUACUCUCAUUGGCAUUCGAGUGGUCCCAAAUGCCACAUCAUAGCCGCCCAAAGAGACACGUUCUGGCCUAUGAGACGUGGACAGGCCACGGCAAACAUACACGGUGGAUUGACAUUCUCGGGGUACGGCUCAUGAGCCACAAGAGCAUCUAUGGAUCCAAGUGCGUUUGCUUGGCUAAUCCAGCCGAUAUGGGUGCGAUAUUACCGUUGGGUCAAGAAGGGAAUUCGACAGAUUUAUGCGUGCUCGAGUUUAAUGUAGGCCGCGACCCUACUCCAUCGAAUCCGGCAGAAAAGUCGUUUCUGGUGCGCUCGACGGACAAAGAUGGAUGGAUCACACGCGAGCUGGAUCAAGAUGUACGUGGGGGGCUACCAUUUCGGGUGCGUUGGACGCAGAUGGAUAAUGCAGCUCAAUGGCAAGACCUGUUCGUGGAUCAGGAGUAUCUGAUGGCGAGAUUGGAUGAGGGCUUUGCAAUUUAUAGGGUGUAA